GGAAAGCGCUUUAAAAACGUGCACCUGCCGGCUCACGCGCUGCUCUGGGCGGUUUAGAAUAAGAACAAGAAUUAGAAAAGAGAGAAAAAUAGUUGUUUAUAUCGGACGCCUUCGAUAGUACCGUUCCAUUACAGGACUUACUGAAACCUCGAGUAGCUUCGUUUAACGUUUCUUUCUCACUGAAAUUUCUCCAAGCGAUGACAAGAGAAUUGACCCAGACCAGAAUCCAGAAGAUAUGGGUUCCAUCCAAGGAGGAGAAACCCACAAUACAUCGGACAUCCAGCGGAGGCCCACAUCUGACCAACUCCCCUUUGGUCAUAGUGAUGGUUGGUCUGCCUGCUCGAGGUAAAACAUACAUGUCGAAGAAGCUCACCCGCUACCUCAACUGGAUUGGGAUCCCUACCAAAGUCUUCAACGUUGGUGAAUAUCGCCGAGAGACAGUAAAGAACUACAGCUCAUAUGACUUCUUCAAAUCAGACAACAGGGAGGCAGUCAAGAUCAGAGAACAAUGUGCCUUAGCUGCUCUCCAAGAUGUCAAGAUAUACCUCACUGAGCUGGAUGGUCAAGUUGCAGUUUUUGAUGCCACAAACACCACCAGAGAAAGAAGGGACAUGAUCUUGCAGUUUGGUGCUGAGAACAGCUUCAAGGUCUUCUUCAUUGAGUCUGUAUGUGAUGAUCCAAAUGUCAUUGCUACUAAUAUCAUGGAAGUGAAGGUCUCCUGUCCUGACUACCAAGGCUGCAAUAAAACGGACGCUGUGGAAGAUUUCCAGAAGAGGAUCGACUGUUACAGAGCGAGCUAUCAGCCUCUGGAUCCUGAUGAUUAUGACCGGAAAUUGUCCUUCAUCAAAGUGAUCAAUGUUGGCCGCAGAUUCCUAGUGAACUGCGUCCAGGAUCACAUCCAGAGCCGCAUCGUCUAUUACCUGAUGAACAUCCAUGUCCAGCCACGCUCUAUCUACCUGUGUAGACACGGCGAGAGUCAGCACAACCUGCAGGGCCGUCUGGGAGGAGACUCGAGCCUGUCUAGUCGGGGUAGAAAGUUCGCUGGUGCUCUGGCUAAGUUUGUCAGGGAACAGAAUCUUAGCAACCUGAAGGUAUGGACAAGCCAGCUACAGUGCAGCAUUCAGACUGCUGAGGCGCUGAGCGUGCCGUACGAACAGUGGAAAGCCCUGAACGAGAUCGAUGCGGGUGUGUGUGAAGAGAUGACGUAUGAAGAAAUAAGGCAGCACUACCCUGAAGAGUUCGCUCUCCGAGAUCAGGACAAGUAUUAUUACCGCUACCCCACUGGGGAGUCCUACCAGGACCUGGUGCAGCGGUUGGAACCGGUGAUCAUGGAGCUCGAGAGGCAGGAGAAUGUUCUAGUCGUCUCUCACCAAGCUGUCAUGCGCUGCCUCCUUGCCUACUUCCUCGACAAGAGUGCUGAGGAGAUGCCGUACCUAAAGUGUCCACUCCACACCAUAUUGAAGCUGACCCCAGUGGCCUAUGGAUGUAAAGUGGAGUCCAUCUCAUUCAAUAUUGAAGCAGUAAAUACUCACCGGGACAGACCGGAGGAAUUGAAGAGAAGCCAAGGCACUCUGAUUAGAAGGAACAGUGUGACUCCACUCACGAGCCAUGAACCCACUAAGAAGCCUCGUAUCAAUAGUCUGGAAGAUGCAGACAUCCCCGAACUCACUCCAGCACCAAUGAGCUUCUGUGCGAGUGCAAGCAACUCCCUUGCACUGUCUACACAGGACCUGAAACAUCACCGAGAAGCAUGACCUUGCCCAGCUCUGCUCGUGAGCUGGAUGAUUUGCUUCGACUUCAUUCUGAUGGGAAUUAACAGAACCAAGUGCUUGCAGUGUGGGACCAUUCAAAUCUGUCUCUUCCUGUGAGGACAAUAAAUUGCCACUGAGGAACUUUGACCCUCAAAGGGGAAUGUGUGUGUGUGUGUGUGUUUGUGUGCGCACGUGUGCACUUGCUACAUAUUGGGGACCGGAAUAUGGAUGUGGUGUGGGGGUGGCUCCCCCCCUUAAACCAACAGAGUUGGGACAUUUUUGGGAAGUGGGAACAUUCUGGCUGGUCCUCACUUCUUCAAAGGGCUGUUUUAGGAUUAAGUUUUAGGUUUCAGGUUAGAGUUGGGGUUAGGCAUUUAGUUGUGAUGGUAAGGGGGCUAGGGAAUGAAGUGUGUGUGUGUGUGUGUGUGUGUGUGUGUGUGUAUACAAAGCACACUAUGCCUUGUCAAGGGCCACAAAUACCAAGUUCUUUACAUGUCAUUUUAUUGUCUUAGGAUGGUUAUGAAUUCCUGAAUACUGCUGCUGUCUUUGGGGGAAAGUGAAUUUGUUGGUCAGUUUUCGACGUGUCCAAUGAAUGUGUGUUCAAUAAUGAAGGAAUGUUUUUCUUUGAGAGAGUUGUGUGUAUGAUUGUCAUUAUUUGUGUUUCAAACUAGAAUGUAUUUGUAUUGAUUAGGUGUUUAUGCUUUUGAGAAAAGGUGACUUUUUUUUUUUCCUUUUUACUUGAUGUCUGACUGAAUGAAUUCCAUAGAGUGCCUAGUGUUUCGGAUUUGUCCAGCAGUGCUUUUCAGUUCUGAAGAUCUACGCUCCUACUGUUGUACUGUCUUUAAGAGGAACGGUCAUGUUUUUAUUUCUAUAUGCAUUUCAUAUAAAACAAAUGUUUACUGUUUGAAUUUGCGCGAGAGAGAUUUUGUAGGUAAAGCAAGCUUUACUCUUUGAGGCAAGUAUUAUUUAUAGAAUUUAGCGAAGGUUUAAAUGCACUUUGAAGAGCCUUGGCUGGGCUCCAAUGCUACUUAUGUAAAGUAUAACAAUGUAGGUGCAAUGUACUAUAUUGUUCCUAACUGUAGUAAGAGGUACUAUUUUGUUUGCUUCUGACUUGAAUACUGUAUUUUGUAAUGCUGUAUCCCCCCUGUUAAUCUAUUUUAUUUUAAACUACAACCUGCAUUUGUAUUUUGAGUAUAAAACACCCUCUAUGUUGAGGUUAGUGCCACACUUGUCUGUCUCUUUAGCACAAUGUUUAAUAAGAAAAAAUGUAUUUGUAAGACCAAUAAAUAAC